GUAAUAUCUUGAGAAUAAAUCAACCAUCUAAGCAGAGGUAGAGCUGGCAACACGAGUUGGUGAUGGCAUCCAGCACCUGUGAGAAACCUCCUAGCUCAUCCAUUGUGGCAAAUGAUCCUUCACUGGUGACCAUGGAAGCCAAGAUGAUUGUGGCCACGAGCCAUGGCCAUUGCCAGCAGUUGAAGGAUAUGCUGCUCAGCAAGAAAGAUGGUUCGACCAUGGUAGUGGUCGUGGCUUCAAGCAACAAGACCUCCAUGCUGCCCAAGCCUCCUUCGCCGGCCAUCAAUUACCGGCUGCUAGCAGCGGCUUGCUCUGGCUCUUUCGAGGAUCUGGAAUCACUUCUCGACGGGGAAGACCGUCGCCAAGCCUCCAGCAACAGGACCAUUGGAAGCUCGGCGAUGCCGCGAGCUUCUGAUGACGAAGAAGCAUUCCUCAGGCAAUCUCUCCUGGACGGGGUAACCUCCAACGGUGACACUCUUCUCCACAUGGUCGCCACCAAUGGCGACAGUGAGGACUUCUUGAACAAAGCUGGUCUCAUCCACAGGAAGGCAGAAAAACUCCUCUUCACGGGAAACAACAAAGGAGAUACGCCCUUGCACUGUGCUGCACGGGCGGCCAACUCCCAGAUGGUGUCUUUUCUCAUUGCUCUUGCUAAAGGUCAGGAUAACAAUACUACCAGAGUAAAGGCAAUGCUGGAAAAAGAAAAUGGUACUAAAGAGACUGCCUUGCAUGAGGCUGUCCGCGUUGGGAACAAUGAUAUAGUCAAGUUACUCAUGGAGGAACACCCACAAUUGGCCAGUUUACCGAAAGGUUGUACUUCUCCAUUGUACCUAGCCAUCUCACUGGAAAAUAAAACCAUCGCUGAAACACUCCAUGAGAAGAGUGGCGGGGCUCUUUCAUACUCUGGACCAAAUGGACAAAAUGCAUUGCAUGCCGCUGUUCUCCGAAGCAAAGAUCUUACAAAGAUGUUGUUACGUUGGAAUAAAGACGACCUCACGAUACAACGGGAUGAAAAAGAAAAUACACCUCUUCACUUUGCCUCAUCUGUGCUACUGCAAAAAGACGGACAUGCCAUACUUUUACAUCUACUGGAAACUAAUCCAGAUGCAUUGUAUCAACAAGACAACGAUGGUUCGUACCCCAUACACGUGCUUGCAUCCGUCGGUGCAACAAGGGAUGACAUCACUCUUUUUCUGAAGACGUCGCCCGCUUGCGCUGGUUUACUUGAUGCUAGGGAAAGGACAUUUCUUCAUGUUGCAGUUGACAAAGAGACUGGAUAGUUAGUUACGCUUGCGCAAAUCAGCUGUUAUCAUGGAUUUUGAAUAUGCAAGACAAGAACGGGAACACUGCACUGCACCUUGCUGUCCAGGCAGGGAGUAUUGCAAUGUUUCGUUCUCUGUUGGGAAAUAGACAGGUAUGUUUGGAUUUAGCAAAUGAGAAAGGGGAGACUCCGCUAGAUAUGUCACAUCACAAUCUUCAAGGAGGAUUCUAUGACCCCAUGCAUAGUGAAGCAAAAAUACAGCGCGCACUUACAUAUGCCGGUGCUAAAAGGGGUAUUUAUCGCCGAGAUUACUUCGAAGAAAAUGAUGAUGUCGAAGCAAGACAUGAUGAAAUACGUAAAAUGGAAAUGGAAAAGGUGAAAGAUGCGACACAAAGUAUAUGUAUUGGCUCAGUCCAAAUUGCAACCGUGACAUUUGGUGCAACUUUCGCCAUGCCUGGAGGUUAUAGAGCUGACGAUCAAACUAAUGGAGGCACACCAACACUUGCUGGAAGGUAUGCUUUUGAUGCAUUCACCAUUGCCAACACUCUUGCCUUCACCUUUUCCACGAUGGCUACCAUUUCUCUCAUGUAUUCUGGAUCUCCCAAGUUUGAUCUUCAGACACGGAAGGUGUACUUAGACAAUGCCUUCGAUUUCAUGGAGAUUUCUGUUUUAUGCUUGGUAGCUGCCUUUACACUUGCUACAUACAUGAUGCUAGCUCCAGUUGCUCAUGAGACUGCCGUUGCAGUAUGUGUCCUGAGUUCUAUCGUAUUGGUCUACCAGAAUUCGGAACUGGCAUUCAAGAAUGCUCUUCUGGCAGGACCAUUAUGUAGGAGAAAGGGGAUAUGUUCGGGGAAAGUCUCGACAUCCCUAUUAUCAGCGUUCUGUUUCGUGUUUGACAUUCUAGUUAAUCUUUGGCCCAUAGUAUUCAUCUUUUGUCUGACGGCUGCAGUAAACCACCGACACCAUUAGCUUGAAGAGGGGCCAAUUAGGCGUGUGUAUAUAUAUAUUGCAUUCGUGCAUUAUUACCACAUAUGGUCAAGUGUGGCUGUACUUUUCACACAGCCAAAUAGGCGAUUUCGGAUCUGCCAUCAGAAUUAUGUUUCUUCAUGAGAAACUUUUUAUGAAUCGUGUGUGUGCUGUGUUCAAGAGUUGUAAUUGCUUGUAACAAUUAAUGUAAACCAUGGUUACCGUA